AUGGCGAGCUCUCCCGUAGUGCUGUCUCGAUACGAUUCGAGCGGCCAAUUUCUGGCAUAUAUUACUGUAGCUUUGGAUAAACAGCGGGUCUCGGUAGAGCCCACAAAUGCGUCAAAAGCCAACGGGAACGGUCUGGCAAAUGAGAACUUUCUAUAUUUGGAGGACGCCAAUCUGCGAGUAACGUGUUUAGAAUGGGUCAGUUUAUCUGCCAGUGACUCGCGAAUGGUUGCCAUCGGUCUCAAUUCCGGUGAAGUCUGGCUGUACGCUCCAGCAGCUAAUCAAAUCGUCUCCAAAUUGUCUACUGGCAGUGUGCAUGCAAUCCGGGAUUUUAAAAGCCAAGGCGACGUUGCAUGGUGCUGCGAUCGCGAUGAUACCGUUUAUCGGUUCAGAAUGACGGAUUUUGCCCUGGAACAAAAGUUCAAAGUCGAAGGUUGCGAAAACUUACAGAAACUGUGCGUCGUCGACGCAGAUCACAUCCUUUUGGCCUCGCAUUCCGUAGCACUGGUGCAAGUUUCGACUCAAAAAGUGGUAAGGUCUUUCCCUGGCCAUAUAACCUCGGUCACCGAUAUGGCUAUGGUAAACGCCAACACUUUCCUAACCAGCGCGACCAACGACAGAUUUUUGAACCUGUACGAUCUCUCGACAGGCGGGACCAGUGCUGUUUUGGUCUCUCAAGCAGACGUUACGCAAGUUUCGCAUUUCAAAGACCUGGUGGUUGCAGUGGCCCUGGAAGAUGGAACCGUAGAGAUAUUCCCCGACCCUCUGGUGACCACCAGCAACAAGAGACGGCGUGUAGUAUCCAAGCAAUCCACACACCGAGUGAAAAUGCAAAGACCAGAAAGCCAAGAGGCCGUUCCAGUGGUGAACGUGUCCAUAAACGCCGACAUUGUCAAAUUCGCAUGGCUCGAGAAUGCCACGAUUCCAUAUUUCGAUCAGAUGCAGUGGGGCCAAUUGCCUCCAUCGCACAUAAUAAGCAAGUCUCGUCCCGCAGCGGGGUCCAAACAUGCACAUAGGUCGCUACAUGGGGAAGACGUGGUGGCCCCCAAGUCGUAUGUGGAGGGCAAUGCCACCGUCACGUCCGGUGACAACUUCAAGCAUGUCAAGGAAGCCAUUUUAGAGCUAGAACGUAGCGGUGCUGAUUUGGAGGAAUCGCUCGCCGACAAAAUCGCACAGUCGACCAUGGGAGGCGAACGCGCCGAAUCUAAGAAGCCCAAGAAGCGUGCCACAACGGGGACGCUCACAGUGGUGCUUUCGCAAGCUUUGCAGUCUCACGAUCACUCGCUACUGGAGACGGUUCUGAAUAACCGUGACGAAAAGGUCAUCAAAGGCACGAUCGGCCGUCUGCAGCCACCGCUUGCGGUGCUUUUGCUCGAAAGGCUAGCCGAGCGUAUCGCCAGACAAAGCAAUCGACAGGGCCCACUGAACGUGUGGGUGAAAUGGUGUUUGAUUAUCCACGGAGGGUACUUGGCCCGGAUGCCGAACCUGACGGCGAGUUUGGCGUCUUUGCAUUCGACUCUUCGCAAAAGGGCCGAGCUUUUGCCCCGUUUACAGGCUUUGGAAACGCGACUCGAGUUUUCGCUGAAUAGGCUCGACGCACACCGGGCUAGAAAUGCCAUUUCUAGCGAGGAAACUUACGUCAACGGUGGAGAAAACUCACAACUGGACGACGAAGAAGAAGAGGUGGAAUACAACGAAGAGCUCGACGACGCAGGUUUGAUAGAAGACGGCGAAAUGGACUACGGAAGUGAUAUUGAAAAUGACAGUGAAAGCGAGCUACACAGCGAAGAUGGUGAAAGCGGCCAAAACGGUCAAACUUCGAAAUUCGCCUCGGAAGAACAAGAUUUUCUGGACGACACGGCCCUGAAGCCCGACGUUGAAGACGGCUACAGUGACAUCGAGGUCGAGUAA